UGAAAGAAGCGUAGACUCUGGUAACUAUAAAUAUCGGAACAUUUCACAUUCUCUUCCUCCGUGAAAGCCUCACUAAGUUUUCAAGAAGCCAUGGUCGACAUAAUCACCCGAGAAUCGCCGAAGCGCAAAGCGAACCGUGUUUUCAUCAACCUAACGACGCUUAUGAUGGUGGUGGUGAAGCGAGCAAGUCGUUUACCGUUGAAGCUGAAGGCGGCGCCGGCGAUUGAGAAUCGGAAAAUUGAGAUAAAGUCACCGAAGAAGCUUCUGAAAAACAUAAGCAACAAAGCGAUGCCGUUUAUCGAGAAGAUGAAGAAGAAAAAGAAAGGGAAGGAUGAUUGGGGAGACGGCGGUGUGUGGCAGAAAGCGAUCAUGAUGGGAGAUAAGUGCGAGCCGUUGGAUUUCUCCGGCGUGAUUUACUACGAUAGUAAAGGGAAGCAGGUAAGCGAAUUCCCUCUCAGGUCACCACGUGCGACUCCCGCGCCGGCUUUAUGUUCCGGUUGAAACUCCGGGAAAGAGUUCAGAGUAUGUUCUCUUUUUUUUGAACUGGUGAAAAACUGUAUAUAGUUAUGGAAGCUGGAGUUUUUAUUUAAAUAAAUUAAUAUGCUUGUGUCUCGAGCAAAUCAGAAAAAAAGAAAACCCUAAUCGCGCUCAGAGAUACUUAUACUUAUGGAUCACACAUCAAAGAAAUCCUCACAUCAAUCUCUGAUGCGAAGUUGUAGUCUCUUUUAAUUGUGAUGUAGUUUAUGAGAAAAUAAAUUUAUGUUUAUCUUUGAUUA